AUGCCUAAGGUUGAAAAAGGUCCGGCGCACCGCCUUUCCGUGUCGACUGCAUCGGCCGCAGGCGGAACUCGGAGCUCCUCCUGGUCCGCUAAAGAUGACGAAACACUCAUCCAGGCCAGGGCCCAAGGACUCAACUGGAACCAGAUUGGACCGAAGCACUUCCCCUCCAAAACCCCAAAUGCUUGUCGCAAACGGCAUGAACGGUUGAUGGAGAGGCAGAAUGCAGAGCAAUGGGACGGCGUGAAGCUUGACGUGCUAGCGCAGGCCUAUAUGGAAGUGCGACGAGAGAUGUGGAGUAUGCUAGCUGCUCGAGUUGGAGAAAAGUGGCAACUAGUAGAGACAAAGUGCAUGGAGAAGGGAUUAAAGAACCUUACUCAGGCCUACAGGUCGGCGCAGAAGAAGCUCGAGAAUGAUGUAGACUCCUUUCACCCAAAAGCGCACCCGCAGCUCCCCACGAUCGAGUUACACGGCUACCUACGUAACCUCGUCUGCCUCACUUGCCGCAAUGAAUACUCGCGCCGUUCUUUCCAGAACCAGCUCUCUACUUUGAACCCCUCGUGGGCCACAUUCCUCGCCGAAAUGAUCGAAUCAGGCGCCUUAGAUACCGAGAACCCCGAUGAGCGUCGCAAGAAAGGGCUAAAGUCGAAUCCGGACGGCGACGUCGAUGUCCCAGACGCCCCAUACACCACGUUCAGAUACCCAGCAUGUCCAACUUGCUUGGAGAAGCCGCCAAAGCGCGCAGACGGAGGCACAGUCCGCGUACAAGUUGACAAGGACGGCGCAUGGGAUCCAGCGAGCGAAGGCGGAGUACUAAAACCCGCUGUCAUCAUGUUCGGCGAGUCUAUACCCGCAGCCACGAAAGUCGCCGCUGAGGAAGCUGUCGAUGCUGCCGGUAGGAUACUAGUCAUCGGCAGUAGUCUCGCGACGUACUCUGCCUGGCGACUAGUGAAGAAGGCAAAGGAGAUGCAAAUGCCGAUUGGAGUACUGAACAUGGGCGGUGUCCGAGGCGAAGAGACCUUCUUCGGGGAUGUUGAAGAUACCAAUACCGGCCGGGAAGCUGCUCGCUUGAGUGAGAAUGCGGAGAAGGUUUUACCGCAGGUCGUGAAAAUAUUACAGGAGAUGAAGGAGAAGAGGCAAUAG